UCAGAAAAGGAGUCAGAGGAUUCUAUUUUGUUGAGGAAAAUCAGUACUCUGGUCCAUUGAAGAGAGAGAGAUGAAGAAGUAUUGUUAACAAUAAUCCUCAAUAGCUGCCCACUCGACCAUAGCUGUGAACAUGCAAAUGCCCAGACUAAGGAUAUACAGAAGAGACAAUCUGAACCUCAAACAUUGUGCUAACUGUAGCUGAGUUUUCAGACAACAGUCUUCAAAAACAUUUGAAGUGAUGUUAAGAGCAGCAUGAACUGUAGUAUCAUGAGAGAUUAACUCUAAUAAUAGAAGAAACUAGCUGUGAUGAUAAGGGAGGUGUAUUACAUGGGAUUGUUUAGAGAACAUUUGGAGUCUCAUCUUCAUAUAGUGGAGUUAUCUUUCAUUGGAAUGUUUGGAGAACAUUUUGGUUGACCUGACCUCCGAGUGUUCCCUCCUGCAGAGUCCUAAACAAGUGGAUUGGUUUUCUCAAGAGCUAGCUCGAUCAGACUUCAUGUAUGCGUCUUGGCGUCCACAGAGAUAAUGCAUGAUGCUAGCGUCUGUAUAGAUGAUGUUUGCGUGCCUGGCUGUGGUUUCUUCAAUAUAACUUUGCUUGACAGGAAUAUUUGGAAUUAAAUGAAUACUUUGCAGUUAGAAUCACAAGAUAUAUUGGAUUGUGGAUACCGGUAGAUGUGCAUGAUUGAACAAAUAUGUCUUAUGUGAAGAACUUAGGAAAGAAGCUUCAACAUGAGCAAGAGAGAGUACAGAAGAAAACUUUCACAAACUGGAUGAACUCGCACCUUGCCAAGCAUGACCCACCUUACAAGAUUGAUGAUCUCUUUGGUGACAUCCAGACUGGAACAGUACUACUGGCUCUCCUCGAGAUUCUCUCAGGGGAAGCUCUACCUUAUGAGAAAGGAAGACACAUGAAAAGAGUGCACUGGCUGUCCAAUGUGAACACAGCUCUCAACUUUCUUCAGGAGAAAAAGAUCAAGCUAGUGAACAUCAAUGCAGGUGAUAUUGUGGAUGGUCGUCCACCAAUUUGUCUUGGUCUUAUCUGGACAAUUAUUCUCUACUUCCAGAUUGAAGCCAAUACAAGUCUUCUGGAUGCUCUAGCUGAGUAUGAUUCAAGCAGUGUGGGUAGCUCAGCAGCCUCAAGUCCUACCACCUCCAGACGAGGGUCUCAAUCAGAUGAACCUCCUCCUGUGAAGAAGGCUUUCAGGGCUGCAUCCAAGUUGAAGCAGAAGGUGACUGCUAAGAAAGCUCUCCUCAAUUGGGCCAAGAAGGCUUCAAAAGCUCUAUCCAUACCUGGCGGUCCAGCAGUGGAGAUAAAAGAUUUUGGACCAAGUUGGAGAGAUGGUAAUGCCUUCAACAUGUUGAUUCAUAACAUCCAUCGUGAUCUGAUUGAUCUGCAAUCUCUCAGUGGUCAGACCAAUUCACAAAGAUUGGAACAAGCCUUUAGUCUAGCAGAAGAGAAGCUGGGAAUAACCAAACUCCUGGAUCCAAAUGAUGUUGAUGUUGAUAAGCCAGAUGAGAAGUCAAUCAUGACUUAUGUCUCUCAGUUCUUCACUGCUUAUCCUGACACUGGGUCAACAGCAAAGAGAAAGGAAGCAGAGGGAGAGGGUGAUGAAGAGAGAUCAGUCUGUAAGAAACUGAAUGACUGUCUAACAGUAGAGGAAGCUGUCUUAGCAACCAAACAGCCUGCAACAUUAUCAUCAAUAUCAGAUUAUCAGAGAUUUGUAGAGUUUGAAAAGGAACACAAGAAGAGCAAGCAGAUGAUGAUGAAGCUGAUCGAUAAGAAACAGAAGAAAGUCUUUGUAACAAUGACCACGGAGGAGUGUGAUGUCAUGAUUGAGAGAUGGACCAAGGUUUCAGGAGACUAUGAAGAAUGGAGGAAAAAGCUGGAGAAUGACAUGCCAGGAGAGCUGGGUCGGAUAGGAGCUUGGUUGAAUAGAGCAGAUGAGCUGUUGAAGAGAGGAGAGGUGGAGCCACUGGAGUCACAAGAUGCUACCUGGAGCCAGAUGAAGAGGAGAUUGGAGGAGCAUAAGGUGCACUUCAGAGAGGCCAACUACAUGCAGCAGUCCUUUACACGAAUUCAUCACCAAGGGAUCAAGGUGGAUGGUCAAGACAUUCCAAAAUCCAUGUUGGACAAUAUAGCUGAAAGGUUUAUUGUUGUCAUGGAAACAAAGGAUUCUCACAGACUGCACCUGGAAUAUGAGGAGAUUAAAUAUCGUCUGCUGGCAUUUGUUGUAAUGGCAGAGAAGAAACUUCAGACAUGGACUGUGAAGUAUGGGGACGCACAAGAUGUUCAAGGAUUAUUACAGAGCUAUUUGGAUUUUGUGGAUUCUGGCAACUUCUUUAAGCAGUAUGAAGACACAUUCAGAUUACUAGAGGAAGCAACUGGAAUAUAUAUUGCCAACUUAAAUCAUGGUGAGGAAAAAGAGAUUUGCAAGCGAUUUGUUCAUGACAUGGAGUUGAAGAAGAAGAACCUGACAGUUGAAGUAGCCUCAGUCAAAACCAUGUUGGAGAAGGUCACUGAGAAUUGGAGGUCAUAUAGGUCAGAGGUCAUUGACCUUCAACCAUGGUUAAAAGAAGCAGAGAGAAUUACCAGUCAAGGAUCUCAUGAUAUUAAAGUGACAUUUUUUGCCAACCUGAAUGAGAUGACUCCAAAACAUACUGCUUUGAAUCACCAUGGAAACUUUCUAGUGGAGACAUGCAAGCCAGAUGUGUCACAAGGAGUUCAAGAACAACUCAACAUACUAAACACAAAAUGGAACCAAGUUUACAGUCAAGGCAAGAUGUACAUGCAGACUGGAGAAGGUGACAAGAUGAGAAAAGAGUUUGACAGUGAGCUGUUCACAGUGAAUGCCUGGCUUGAACUCACCACCAAGACUUCCAAGAACGUCCUCCCAUGUACAAAGCAGGCAUUACUUGCCAAUCUAACGGAAUUGGAUGAAGCGAUAGGGAAAGUAUCAGGUCAAGAGCGAUCCUUCAAACACCUGUCUGAGUUAGCCCAAGAGAUGGUGAAAUCCUGCUCUCAACAACAAGCUACUCAAAUACUGGCCGCACUCAGGCAUGUCAAGCAAAAUCUCAAAGACAUCAAAGAGUCAAUGCCUGAGAUGAAGAGAGUGAUACUAGAAAUUGUGAAACUGAUGAGCCAGUUUGAAGAUGGAAUGGGAGCUAUAGAAAAUUGGAUUCAAGAAGCUGAAAGAUUACUAAAUGAACCAAUUCAACAUGUCUCAACUAUGAACAUCACUCUCAAAGAGCACAAAGACCAUUUUGCCAAGUUACCUCUUGUACAGGUUAAACUAAAAGAGAAGAGUCACAUUGUAACCUACAUUAUCAACCUGAAAUGUACUCGCAUUGAUACAACCAUCUUGGAGUCCACUGUGUCAAACCUCAAUCUCAGAGUGCAGGACUGUCUAAGGAAAGAAGAAGAUUUUGAGAGUCAGCUUGCAAGGGAUAUGGAGAGCUGGUGUAGAUUUGAAGCUAAUGAGACCGAGUUAAAGAACUGGCUGCUUUUAGCUGAGAAACAGCUACAGAUCAGACAGGGUACACCAAGUCAACAAAUGGAACAACAUAAGGCUAUGUUUGUGGAUGCUGAACCCCAAGUGAUGACCAAGUUCCUAGAGGUCUGUCAGAAUCUAUUCCAUGAUUUACCUGCUGAGAACAGGAAGGAGGUGGAGGCAAGGAUGAAUUUACUUCAAGAGAGAUAUCAGUCUGUGCACAAGGAAGCCCAAAGGAGAAUGAAUGAGCUGCAAUUUGAAGAUGUUUGUAGUGAGCUUAAAGACCAGUUUGAUGCUGCUGAGAAACAGCUUCAUCUUGAGAGACAAGCUCUAAAAGCGGAUCAGCCUCUUCAGAAAGUUCUUCAGCAACAUCAGGAGUUCUUUCAAGAAUCCCACUUGUUGACAGCCAUAGCUGGGAGGGUGCAUGUCUUGGAUACUCUGCAGGCUCAGAUGGCAAAGUCAGACCCUCAACAGGCUGUACAGAUGGUUCAGGUCUUCACUCACAAUAAACAGAGAUACGAACAAGUGCUAGAUAAAGCUGAAGGUCUGGAGAAGAGACUUAUGCAAGCACCCAAGAGAUGGUGUCAGUAUGAAGAAGACAUUGUGAGAGUGAUAAGCUGUAAUGAUGAAAUGAGACUCACCUUACAGGCUUUGGAAGAGGCAGACACUGUAGAUGACAUAGAACAAGCAGCAACUAACAUUCAGGACCUUCUUGAUGCCAGUCUCAUAUCUCAAGACAUUCUUGCUCAACUCCAAGGAGAUCUAGCAGAGUUAAGUGAAGAUAUACCAAGAGAGAAAGCCCAGGAGCACCAAGGAAGGUUGGAUCAUUUGUCAUCUGAGCUCGUCACCCAGCAGACAUCGCUAGAGAAUGCUUCGUGUAGGGUGUCUUCAAAGAAGAUUUGGCUUGAGUACAGGGAUAGUGGUCAGGUAUUAAGGAAAGAAGUGGAGGAUGUUAGCAAGCAAGUGAGAGAAACUAACACUUGGCAUGGUGUCCUCACGUUAGACGAUUGCUGUAAGAGGCAGGAGGCUUUAGAAGACACAAUGAAAGGUUUAAAACCAGAAGUGGAAAGACAACUUCAGAAUGGACGAUCAUUCCAGAGAGAGCCAGAGUGUCCAAAGUAUAUCACUGAGCUGACCAUCACACUGGACAGAGAGUGGACACAAACCAUCGAGGAAACUAAGCAGCAAUCACACAAACUCAAGGUAUGUUCUACAGUGUUUCCUAAGUAUGAGGAAGAGAGGAAGCAUUUUGAUGAAAUGAUGUGUGACUUUGAAGCUGAGAUCAGUAAAUCAAUCCCACCCCCUACACCUGGCAAACAGGCUGUACAAGAAGAGGUCUCCAAAUGUCAGGAAAUCUCCACAUCUCAUGACACUUGUAAGCCGAUUCUUGCCAUGCUGAACCAACUCUCACAGCAGCUUUCUCCUGUAGCGCCUACACCUGUUUGUGAGACUAUUCAACAGGACAUCAUUGACAAGCAGACCAAGUGUUCAAAUGUCAAACUGGGGCUUCAUAAGAGACUAACAAGCCUAAAGCAGUUGUCAGGUGACUGGGAUAGUCUGGACUCAAGAAAAGCAGAGUUUGUAGAAUGGUUGGAGAUGUAUGGAAACAGACUCAAUGAAGUAGAAACAUCACUUGAACACCCUGAUGAGAUAUACUCUUCAGCAAAGGACCUAUUUUCUGAAAUAGAUGCCAAGUACCUAUGCCUUAAAGACCUUGAAAAGUGCCUGUGUGAAUUGACCUCCCCAUACCCUCGCUCUGUCGCCAUCCUUGUUCUGGAAUCAGAUGUAGCCAGUCUCCAUAGCCAAUUGGAGGAGCUCUCUGAUAGGGCCAAGGCUCUUGAUCUUACAUUGUCGGAGCAGGUGUCCCAGUGGAAUCUGUAUCAGAAAUCUGUGCAGGAGAUCUCAACCUGGCUGAGUGAAGCAGAAAAGAGACUGAAGAAUAUCUCUGAUCAGGCCUGUGAUACACUCCAAGAUGUUCAGCAGUGCAAUGCACAGGUUCAGAUUAUAAGGGAACAGUUUGAAGAGAAACAAGCAAUAAUGCUAACAAUUCGAGAGUGCUGGCCUGAAUCCAGUGAAGAUAAAGAGUUGGAGCACCGUUGGAACACCCUGGAUGAUACGAUCCUUAAGACCCAUGCUCAAAUUGAGAAGCUGGUAUCCUCCUGGGAGGAGUACCAUCGUUUAUCUAAGAAGACAGAGACAUGGAUGGAGGAUAUGAGCAGGAGGUUGGAAAAAGAGAGUGGUGAAGUUGUUGGAAACACAGAUCAACUCAACAGGAGACAUCAGCUUUUACAGAAUAUGAAAGAUGAUUGCCAAAGUCAGAGUGCCGAGAUAAAUGAGGUCUUGGCCUUGAAUCAAACCCUACGUCAGCACUGUUCCACAGCAGGCAAGGAGAGACUAGGAACAGAAGCAAACCAUGUGUCUUCAGAGUACAGUAGACUACAGGCACUACAAAACACUGCCAUAUCACGUCUAGAUGAAGUGCUGGCUCAGAGGCAGAGGUUUAGAGACGACGUGGGAACACUGUUAGAUGUGCUUCAUCAGCAGGAAGUAGCGAUAGAGAAUCAGAAAGAACUAGGAAGAGAUGAAUUGAAAGACCGCCUUGUUGCAAUCAAGAAACAAGACUCUGUCCUUGCGGAAGCAUCUCAAGAUUUGAAGUCCUUGGAAUCUGAGCUGGAACCCAUCUGUAGGCACUGUGACUCUGGUGAAACCCUCACCUACUCCCAUCAAGUAACAGGUCUCAACAAGAAACUGGAGAAGGUGCAAGAGAUUAUCACAAAGAGAAUCACAUAUGUACAGUUCUUCAUUCAGUUUGAAGACAUCCAAUAUAAAGUUCUUGGCAGAUUUCAAGAAGCUAAACCUGUUCUUGACAAGGAAGAUGCAACAGAUUCUGAACUUAUUCAAGAGCUAGAACAUCUUGAAGCCGUAGAACCAGUCCUAGAGGAGUGGAAAAACAAGACUCAAAAUAUGGACCAACUUGCCAAAGACUCUCAACUCACCAUCAGAGCUCCUGCUAGCCAAGACCCCCAGGAUCUGCCUAAACAGAGAACCGAGUCUUUGACCAGUUUAGACCAUGGUCAAAUGGUGUCCACUCACUCUUACCUGACCAGGGGACUCCGAUCAAGGCUGGACAAGAUGGUCAAUGUCCACAGGAAGCUGGAAGAGUUUGAGGCUAAGCAGAAGAACCUUAAACAGUGUCUGGAAGACUUGGAGAGGACAAUGUCCACAGUGAAAGACGUGGGACAAUUGAGUGAUCUCCCUCCAAUUGCUCAGUCUUUUGAGGAGGCUCAGAAAGAAUUAGCCAGGAAUCAAACAGAUCUUGAUAGAUUGACCAGACUGGGAGUGGAAAUCCUGGAACAAGAUCCUAGACUCAUUCCAGUCAUUGAACCAAAGGUGGAUAAAUUGAGGGAGGAUUGGAAUAAAAUGGAUGAAAGAGUCUCCAUGGCAACCAAAUGUGUUCAUACCACUAUCAAGCUGUGGACAGAGAUUGAUCAUUCACAAACAAAGCUACAUUUGACUUUGGCAAAGGCACAAGAUGUAUGCCAAGAACCAAUCCAAUGUAGUAACAGAGAAGAGACAGAAAAACUACUUAAGUCACAUGAGGCUGCCUCGUUAGAUGUUGAAACAGCUAAACACCCAGCUAGUUGUUAUGCAGAAUCAUCACAUCAGAUCCAGAAUCUCCUACCAAUAAUCACCAACACCCCUGCAGUUACCUCUGCUCCAGCAGAAGGUGCAAUGCUACAACAGUGCCAGGAGCUUCCUGGGAGACUGGAUGAGGUAUCAGCCAUGCUGGACGAGAGGUUGAUGAAGCUAAGAAGAGGGAGAGAGUUGUGGGAUUCAGUGGUAGAACGAGAGAAGGUACUUCAUUCAUGGUUAGGUGUUUCUAAGAUGAAUCUUGAUGAGAUAUCUAGCACCAUGGAUGACAGUGAGAGAGAUGAUGGCAAAAUCAAACUACAGCAGUUCAAGGAUGAAGCAGUAGACCAUGAGAGUGAGCUACAGCAGCUGGCAGCUAGCCUGGCUGAACUGAAGUCUUUUAACCCUGAUCAAACAAUCCCUGAGGUAGAAGAGACUUUCAGGAAAGUUGAAGCGGACUUUGUUCAAGCCAAACAGACUGCUCUUGAAACUGAAAGCAACCUCAGUGAAUUCACUUCUCAAAUUGCUACUCUGAGAGGGCAGCUAUCUGAGCUGAUGUCAUGGUUACAGGACCAAGAAACUACUGUUGCAAGAUGCAAGGAUAUGUUUCUUGAUGGGGAGAAACUGGCCUCUAACCACAAACGAUGUCAGGACAUAGAGGCAAACGUUGUUGGUAAAAGAGCUGCAGUUGAUAGCUUGAGUCAGCAGGUGAAUUCUAUGAAGGAGAGGUUUCCCAAGGCUCAUACUGCAUCCAUUGAGAAGGAACUUGAUUCGGUACACAACCAGUAUCAUAUCUCACUAGAAUCAUGCACACAGGUCCUAGAGAAAAUAUCAUCAGUACUUCAGGAAGAGACCAUCAAAGCCAACAAAGCUAUGUCCUCUUGGUUGGAUUCAGCAGAGACGUCUCUCAAGCAAUCAUCAUCCACAGAGGGCUGUCUAGAUGACAUCAAGGAGAGACACAACGCUAUCAAGGACUUACAAUCAAAGAUGCCAGAAGGUGAGCUUCUGUGGAAAGGAAUGAAAACCAAAGGGUCUCAUCUUGCUCAAAUCCUUCUUGAUGAUCAGCUGACUGCUCACAAUGAAACCAUAGCAGCCCUUGAUGACCGCUACAGGUUGCUGACCAGUGAGUGUCCAGUCAAGGAGGAGGAACUUGGUCAUUGUGUAGAGGUAUUGGAACGGUAUGAGAAUAGUGCCAGGGAGAUCAAUGAUCAGUUGGUUCAAGUAGAAGAACAGACCAAAGAGUUGGUGAAACCAUGCAAGGAUACUCAGAAACAACUCACUGCAGUUGAGUCAUUGCUGGAAGUGAUGAAAGGUGUUCAUGUAGAAGAGCUACAAGACAAGACUGAUGCUGUGUGUCAAACAAUAGAGAAUUCUUCGGCCCCACUUCACACUCAACAAAUCAAACAAAGUCAUCAAAAUCUGCUCAAGAAUUUAGAGGAACUUCAACUCCAACUUGAAGGCAGUGUAGAUGCUGAGAAGCAGCUACACUGUGAUCUAGAUGAUGUAAGACAGAAGCUGGAGAAGUCUGAACAGUUAAUUAGCAGCUGUGUUGAUCCUACUGGAGAUAGGAAUGUGUGUGAGGAUAAAUUGCAAGCUAUAAAGUCAUUGGAAGAUGAACAAGAAAAGUGUCAGGAGAAGCUGAUUCAAGCACAGAGCAUCCUCCCCAGUCUCUUGCCAUUCACUACCCCUGCUACCCAAGAUACCAUCAAUGGACAACUCUCUACAUUAAAGAGGGAGAUAGACACUCUUUCAGAACAGCUGAAACAAGGCAGACGUGAUGUUUUAAAGAGCAUGUCUGAUUGGUCAGAGUAUGAGGCAUGUCAUGCUAGAGUUAGCCAAUGGUUGGACAGGAUAGAUGAGGCAGUGGAUGAAGCAGCUGAACUAAGGAACACCUUAGAUGACAAAGUUAAACACCUUGAACAGUCAAAGAUACUACAGGAUCGCCUUAACUCUGAAGCUAGCAUCGUACAAGAGCUGACAGACAGGGCUAAGGAUGUCACAUACUCAAAUAGUCCUGAUGUUGAGGAACAAGUUGACAGUCAGUUAGCCCAAACUGAUAACAGAUACCUUUCUGCAGUGGACAGGUUGAAGGACAUCAUUGGUAACCAAGAGAGAGCUUGCCAGGACCGUGCUAACUUUGAUUCAGCAAUGAAAGACUUGGAAUGUCUGAUAGAUAAUAUCAGCGAGGGUCUAGCAGAUACCAAGGAACACACAUCUGACAUGGAAGGUCUGGAAACAGCAUUGCAGAAAGUCCAGGCUCUGCGAGCUCAAAUCCCCAUUGGCCAAGCUUUACUUCAUGCCAUUGAUGAAGGUGCCCAAAGUACACUGGCCUCCACCAAAGCCCCUGGUGAGCAGGCCAUCAAGGACAAAGUCACAGCAGUAAGGGACAAUUGGAACCAGACGGUUACUCAAAUGACUGGUGAUGAGUCUAAGCUAUUAGAGAAGCUGGCAGGUUGGAAGGAGUUCAUGGGGUUGAUGGAGGGAUUAGAAGACUGGGUGAGAAAAGCUGAGAAAGCUGUGGAAGAGAUUCAACAACCUCAAGAUGACCUCGAAGGAAAGCUACAAGUCCUUGACCAGUGCAAGAUCUUGAAAGCUGAAUUUCUCCAACAUGAACCCCAGGCGAGAUUCCUCGAGAAGAAAGGCCACCACCUUGGCAAUGAGACACAACUCACCCAUGCAAAUCGGCUUAAUACCAAAUUCUUUCAACUCCAAAAUAUAACAAACAAUGCUGAUGAAAUUCUGCAGAAAGCUAUAUUAAAUCAUGAGAAGUAUCAAGCUGGUCUCAAGGAUGCUACUGAUUGGCUGGACUCUCUUGGGUCAAAGGUCAAGCAAGCUUCAUUGAUAUCAGUCAGCAAGGCAGAGCUGGAGCAGAAGCUGGGUGCACUUGGAAACUUGAAGAAGGAGCUCAUUGAAAAGGAUGCGAUCGUAGAUUUAACCACUCAGAAGGCUCAUCAGGUCAAGCAGUUCACGUCCGCCAAUGGCCAGGCUCAAGUCGAUAAAGAAAUUACUCAACUAAAGGACACCUUGUCGUCAUUGAGAAGUGAAAUCUCUGAUUCUCUUGGAGCAUUGAAGUUGGUGUUGGAUCAAUGGAACAAGCUUGAUCAGGACUGUGAGGAGCUCGAGCAGUGGUUGAAAGUGACGGAUGAUGUCAUUCAGAAAGGAGGUCAACUCCAAUCAACACCUGUGGAAAAGAGAGCUCUAGCUGAUGAAUUUGAGACUCUUUGUGAAUCACUGAGAGACCAUCAGCCCAUGGUGGAAUCAGUCAAUCAACAGAGUGAUCUUCUAGGUAAUGAUGGGAUCAGUAACCCAGAGGUUAAAGGGCAGGUCAGCAAGUUAACCGAUAUGUAUGCUGACCUUCACAAAAAGGCACAGGAUGCUAAGUGUAAUUUAGAGAGGAUAGCUGAUGACCAUGCAAAGCUGGAUGAUGAGCUGGCAGUGCUAUCAUCCUGGAUACAGAGUAAGACCAAAGAGAUGGAACCUUGCUGUAAAGUAGCAUCUGAUAUGGAGAUGAACCAAGCCAGGCUUGAUAUGGUCAAGGCCAUCUUGGCAUCUCUACCAGAAGGGGAUGCUCUUUUAGACCAAGUCACAUCUCACUCGGAUCAGGUUCUACCUGACACCAGUGCUAGACCAGGCCAGGACCGCAUCACAAGACAGGUUCAGUCCCUGGACCAUGAGCUGGAGGCUCUUAGAAUGCUAGCCCAGGACUCCUGCUCUAACCUAGAGCAGUAUGCAUCACUUUGGAGAGAGUUUCAAGAGAAAGCAAGGCGCUUGUCAUCUUGGAUGGAGGGAGUCAAAAAGGAUGUAGGCAACAUAGAAGGAGAAAGUGAGAACCUGAAGGAGAAGAAGGAAAAGCUACAAAAAGUUAAAGAACUGAUAAUGGAGAGUGAGGACAAGCAGCCUUUAAGAGAAGAAGUGACCUUGUUAGGUCAGGGUCACAUAACCUUUAACCCUAACGUUGCUCACAUUAGCAGUGAGGCCACUAAGUUAGCAGUACAGUACCAGACUCUACAUAUGACACUCAAAGAACUGGAGCAUCAUCUUGAGCGGUCAGUUGAAGAUGAAAACAAAUAUCAGAUAGCAAGCAAAGAUUGCAAGGAUUGGCAGAAAGCAGCAAGUGAAAAGUUAGAUGUAUGUGAUGACCUCACAGGAAGCAAAACUGAUAUACAGAACAGACUACAAGUUGUACAGGAAUUGAUGUCGAGCAGACAUCGUGGUCAGAGUCUUGUACAUGCAAUGGUCAGUAAGGCAGAGAAAGCUCAACAGCACACAGCUCCUAAUGGUCAAGACUUGAUGGAAGCAGAGGUCAAAGGAAUGACAUUGAACUACAAUGAACUGGUGCAGAAAAUGAACAGUACUAAAGACAAACUGCAGAUCAAUUUAAAAGAAUGGGAGAGUUUCGAUGCUGGAAAAGACAAACUGUCUAGAUGGUUGCAGGAAGCCUGUUCCCAGCUAUCAGAUGCUCAACAACCAAAAGCAACUCUGAUAGAAAAGAAAGCGCAACUGGAUAGAUGCAAGUGUAUUCAGCAAGAUAUUGAGAGACAACGUCAUGAUCUUGAAAAGGUCACUGAGCAUGCUCAGAAGCUAGAAGAGGAGAGUCCCAAUAAUGAAUCAAUCAAAGUACCUCUUGCAGAGCUAGUGAAGAGAUUUGAGAAGAUUGAAACAGAUUGCCAGGAGUGUGCAUGUAAACAGUCGGAUAUGAUUCAAGAACACCAAGCAUUCCAGCAAACACAGAAAGUUUACACUCAGCAACUGAGAGACCUGAAACACCAGCUAUCCACCAAGGCAGAUCCAUCAGGCAACAUGGAAUCCAUACAAAACAAGAUAACUACUUUGAAGGAUCUCCAAAUUGGAAAGGCAGCAUCUGCUGAGCUGCUCGAGUCACUCUCUGCUUUGGGGGAGAAUGUGAAAGAAUCCACUUCACUUGCAGGACAGGAAACUAUCCAUCAGCAGGUGGAGAAAUGCGGUGAAGACCUUGCAGCCCUUGAUAGCAGCAUGCACAAAUCCAGUGAGAGGCUACAGGAAUGUGUAGAGAGGUGGCAAGCGUAUCAGGCCAGAAAAACUGAGAUUGAGUCAGGUAUCCAGCAAGCUAGAGAGGGAUAUCAGCAAGGUGCUCAACCUCAGGUAGACCUGCCAGCUAAGCAAGACCACCUUAGGAAGUUCAAGGGUGUGCAUGAUGAGCUAACUAGUCAAAGAGUAUGCAUUGAAGCAGUAUCCUCUGCUGCACAAGCCUUACUGGACAGCAGUAUGGGUAACGUUGGGGUUGUGAGUGAAGCUACAAGAAUCACAUCAGAAUACCAGAUGAUAUUACUCAAAAACAAGGAUGCUGUGAAGCUGAGUGAAUGUAUAGCGAGAGAACAUGAGCAGUACUUGGCCGCCCAAUCCACCUUCUCAGAUUGGCUAGAUAAACAGGAGUUUUGUCAAAGUCUGGCUGGUGAUAAAGACACUCUUGCAGAGAGAUGCAUUAAACUCAAGGAAUUACAGAAAUGUGAGAGUAUUGGAGCUUUGAGGCUGAGUACAUUAGAAGAGAAAGCUGAGAAAGCCAUUCACAAUACCACCCCUGAAGGUCAAGACCUGAUCAGGGCUAGCCUGGAAAGAGCCAGAAAACAACUCGAAGAGUAUAAGGACUCACUCAAUAAAGCACUCCAUGAUUGCCAGGUAUGUUUGGCACUAUGGGAUCAGGCUGAGAGAGAUUAUGAAGACAUGUGCAAUUGGUUGAAGGACAUGGAAGAAAAGACUUGUCACCUUCCUCUCAUGAGUACAGUCAAUACAAAGCAACAACAAGUCGACCAUUGUAAGAGCAUUGAGUGUAUGGUGAAUGAGAAGAAACCUGCCAUAUCGCAUCUCAAGAAAAAGCUGAGAUCUCUGGUUGAGCAGACAGAACAUAGUCCAUUCAGUGAUCAGAUGCAGCAUAUUACUCAGACCUAUGACAAUUUACAACAGAAAUGCCAGGAUAAUGUGAUAUCGGCCGAAACCAGAACGUCAAACCACAUUGCAUUCAACACAGAUGUUGUUAAAGUUCAAGAAUGGUUGGACUCUAACAAACAAUCUCUCACUGAUCUAUGUAACCCUGAGGGUCAGAGGGAAACGGUCAACAAAAAACUUCUUGACCUUCAAACCCUCAAUGACACUCUUCCAAAAGGAAAGAGUCAGUUGGGUCAGGUGAUGAAUCUGAGGCAGCUGAUUGGACCAGAGACAUCAGAAGAAGGUCAUGUGAUUAUUGAUAGUGAAGUGCAGAGAUUACAGCAGAUGUGGGGUGCUUUAAAUGAAGAUAUGAAAGGAGUCCAUACUUUGCUUCAGGACACCAUUGAGGAGUGGAAUAAUGUAAGUGAUCUGCAGGACCAGUUCUGUUUGUGGUUGAAUAAUGCUGAACACACAAUAUCUAAAGAUCGAGAACUGAUGUCAAAGCUUGAAGAAAAAACAACACAGAUGGAGGGUGAUCAGGAAUCUGUGGCUAGAGUAAGAAGUAAGAAGGAAAUGCUUGACAACUUGUUGAAAGCAUCCCAACCCAUCCUUGAGAAGAAUCAUCCCAGCUUCAGCCUCACCUCUCAGUUAGCCGACCUGACUGCUCGCUAUCAGUCACUUCUACAGAAGGCUUGGGAUGUUGUGAAGAGAUCAGAGGAAGAUGUUGCUGAUCAUGAGACUCUGGACUACCAGGUAGCCAAGACUAUAGCAUUCUUACAAACCAACACCAUGACAGUGAAGGAAUUACAAGACGUCACUGGCGACAAACACUCUGUACAACUCAAACUAGAUGCAUUGAAGCCUGUACUGGACUCUAUGAAUGAAAUCAGAAGCAAGGUCAAAGAGGCACACAAUCAAGGUCAAAAGGUUGUAACCCAUACAUCAGCCCCAGGUCAAGAAGUCAUCAGAGAGCAGCUGGAUGAGAUAAUGCAGUCUUUGAGCUCCCUGGAAUCAGUGUUGAAAUCUACUAAUCAUGACCUGAGGGAGAAGAUGACCCAAUGGGAACAGUAUGAGGAGUCAGAGGCUGCGUUUGGGGUGUGGUUGGAUGAUGCUGAGAGGACUGUUGCCAUGGAUAUGGGGCAGAUGAUGGAGCUAAGUGAUAAAGUCACUGAGCUGGAGAAAAGAAAGACCUUAGAGAGGGAGAUAAUCUCUCAUGCAAGUAAUCUGGAAGAGGUGGAGUCUAGAGCCAAGCCACUCUUGGAACACAACAUACAACCCAAAGAUGUGCUUGGGGAUUCAAGGAGACUGGCACAAAGAUAUGCAAACCUCCUAAAGAAAGCCCAGAGCAUGUGUGCAGAGCUAGCAUCUAAUGUGAGCAAGCACCAGGAGUAUGAAGAAGCCUUACGAGAUGCUGAGAGGGCACUGUUACAGGUAUCACAGCAUGUUGCUUCCCAGGGGGCCAUAGGUGAGGAGAACAAAGAACCAGAACAACUGGCAAAACAGCAGAGUCUCAUGCGUGAACUAGCAACCUGCUCCUCCAAACUGGAUAAUGCCCGCACCAAGGGCCAAACCCUUCUUGUCGAUCCUACCAGUACUAACACCAACCCCAAGCUGUCUGGGCAAGUGAAAGGGCAACUAACCCAGCUAGAAGAAGGGCUAGAAGACCUGGAUCAGACAGCUAGAAAGAUCCAGGCACGGUUACAGGUGGCUGUACAGCAGCAACAGAAAUACCUUGACACUCUUCAGUCAUGUCAUGAUUGGCUCUUACAGGCUUGGGGGAAAAUGCCAGCAAUGUCGCUAGGGUCAAAGGUCAAGACUAACAGCCUGGAAGAUGCAGAACGUCAAGUUGAAGUUCUCAAGGGUAUCUUGGACACCUCACUAAUGCAUCGUCAGCUUGUCCAAGCAGCAGAAGAGAGAGUAGAAGAGAGACCAGGAGACUUGACUACUGCUACCUUAGCAACCAAAGUAAACGAUGAGAUAGAGCAAAUCAUAGAACAGACUGAAAGUCAGCUUGGUCAGACAGAGGAGCUAGUUGGUAGAUGGUCCCAAGUUGAGAAGACUAAGAAGGACCUGGCACAGUGGCUGGAACAGACUCAGAAAUCACUGGCUCUAGAACAAGAGAUACCAGCACAAGUCCAACCAACAGAAGCCAACAAACUUUUGAAAACUUCACAUGCCUUUAUUGAUGACAUCCAGUCUCAUCAGACAGACAUGAAAAACGUAACCAGACACAGUGCAGACCUAUGUGAUCAAUCAGAUCCUGACCUUGAGCCACUGGCCACCGAUAUAGACAACAUCUUAGGGUCAGCCAAUGACCUGAAGGCUGUACGCACCAAGCAAUUGGCUGAUUCCAAGAGACUAGAUGAAGCAGUGUCAAAGGUCAAAGAUCAGCUUGCUGAGGUCAACGAGGCUGUGGAGAAGGUGGAAAGUGAUAGAGUCCACACCUGCAGAGAGAAGAUUGAAACACUACAGAGGUUGUCCAUGGAAGAGAGGAGAAGACAUGUUGAUGAGGUUGAUGAAGCCAGCAGAGAGGUUGGAAGGAUGGUUAGCUCUCUGGAUGAAGAGUCCCUCAGAAAACAUCUCAAUGAGAUCCGUGAGGAAUGGCAAGGCAGUGAGAUGCAUAUCCAGCGCACACAAACCAUGCUAGAAGGUUUGGAAUCGGACUUUAAUUCCUUGCUGGAGAAAGCUCAUCAGUUCCACCUCUGGUUAGACCAAUGUCAGGCCAAAGUCAUCAAACCAACCACUAUCAGCCCUUACACAGAGGAGGUUGCAAAGGUUCUACAAGAAAUACAGGGGUUGAACAUGGAGUUAGCAGGCCGUCGAGCCACGUUCAAGGCUGUGAGUGAGGAGGAGUCACUAUGUGAUGAAUUAAGUCCCAUGGAGAGACAGAGAGUACGACAUGAUCUGCAGCAGAUUGACAAGCAACUCAGCAAAUUUGAACAUACUGUCACUACUACUCAUGAUGAAUUACAGACAUGUGUAAAUGAGAGGAAGGAAUUCUGGAAGUACUAUUCUGAGUGCUUGAAAGGACUAGAAAUCAAAGAAGAAGAUCUCAGUGAUUCAGUAGUUCCCAAGCUGGAUAUACCAGACCAAGUACAGCAAGUCUUUGAAUCAAAGGCACUACAAGACCAGGUGAAGAGCUAUAACUCCAAGGUCCGAUGGUUGUCAGUCAGUAGUCAACCCAUCUGCCAAAGAGCUGGGGAGAAAGAUAGCCAAGAUGUCCAGAAGAAAGUCAUAGAUUUAGAGAAGACUUUCCAGAGAGCUGAGAAGGCAGCUGUGUCUAGAUUUGAGUUGAUGUCAGACAGUCUGACUAGGGUCAAGGAAUUAGAACAUCAGAUGAAACAGAUGAAGACUUGGCUAGAUGAACAGCAGUCAGUUAUUUCUCAGCCAAUCACUCUCCAAUGUUCACUCAAUGAUAUUCACAAUCAGAUCUCUCAACAUAAGAAUGUGAAUGACAGCUCUGUUUCUCACAAGCCUCUACUAAUGAAUCUCAUGAGAGAUGGAGAGAGUCUUGCACAGAGAUUGGGAGAGGAUGAAAAGCAACAGAUCACUUACAAACUUGACAAUAUCCAAGCCUUAUUCAAUAGGACUGUGGAUACUACUGGUGAGAAGUAUGCUAGACUAACUAAAGCUUACAAUGACAGAGUGGCAUUCGAGGCUGAUCUUAGUCAAUGUGACGCACAGUUCCAGGACUUGAAAUCAUCUGUAGACCAGCUUGAUCAGCCCAUAGGGCUUUCAUCAGUUGAUGCCUCUCAUCGAAUCUCUACAUGCAAGGACCUUCAAGCCAAACUUGACUGCCUGCAGGCCCCUUUCAAUAAACUUAAUGAUGGAUAUGAUCACAUGACUAAAGAAGGUCAGGUGACACAUGUUCAAGACAUUGCCAGACUCGACCAACUCAACGAAGAACUUAAGAAGGCAUUAGAGACCCAAACCAAAAGUUCAUUAGAUGCACAGGAUGCAAGGAAAGGGUAUGAAGAUGGCAUGACCAAGAUACAGGAAUGUCUAGAGCAUUAUCACAAUGAAGAACCUGCAAGAGAACAACUUGGUCUGGAUAUGGAAACUAAGCUUCGCAAAUGCAAGGUUGCUCUUGAAGAAAUCACCUGCCUUGAAGAAGUCAUGUCUUCACUCCCGGAACAGUACCAAGCAGUAUGUAAGACAGCCAAUCAACUUGACCAACGAACAGUGAAAUCCACUGUCCACAAGAUGACCUCUGACCUGAUGGCAGCCAAGGCCAAUCUGGAGCAGAAACAAAGGUCACUGGAAGGCAAACUCAGUGACAAGGAGGCUUUGAUGGAGGAUCUGGACAGGUGUUUAAAGGAGCUGAAAGGAUGGAGCCAGGAUGUGAAUGAGCCAGUUAUCUUUGUGCUGGAGGUGGAGCCAGUUAAAGAGGCACUCUGUAUACAUCAGACCAACCAACCCAAGAUGGACCAUACUCUAGAGCAGGCCCAAGCCCUCAUCAUAUCUGCCAAUGCCAAGUUUGCAGACUUGGGUGAACCCAUCACUCCAAAGCUCCAGGAUCAGCUUCAGACCUUGGACACCCUUCACCUAGACCUUCUCCAGGCCUCCAGGAACAGAGUAACCAACCUGAUAGAGGCUGUCAACCUGAGGGAAGAGUUACAGAGUCAGAGGGCAGAGGUCAAGAAAUGGCUUGAGGAGGGAGAGGGAAUGCUAAAAGAGGCUCAAGGUGGAAUCAAUUAUCCUCAUGGAGAGCAGGAUUUGCAUCAGCACAGGCAAUUCUUCUCUCAGGAACUAGUGUACCAGAACAAGAUGGAUGACCUGGUAGAUCUUGCUGAUCGCCUGUCUUCUUCACUGACACCCUCUGUACGAGAAGAGAUGAAAGCUGAUUUGAGCAAUCUCAACUCGAGGCUUUCAUCUGUGGAUUUUGGAGCAAGGGAGUAUGAGGAAAAACUGCACAAAUUUCUUGGAAAAUGGCAGGACCUUUUAAGUGGAGUGAAUGAUGUGGAGAAGGCCUUAAAUGUUGUCAAGGAGAGAGCAGUGUAUGGAACACCAACCAGUUUACCUCAAGCACAGGAUAAUAAACAACUCAAUAAGGAGAUUGAAAACAUUUUACAAUCUCAAGAGACUCAGCUGAAGCUCCUGCAUUCCUACUCCCAACCAAUCCUGGAGGAGGGGAAUCCUACUGGUCGGGAGUCAGUAUCCUCCUUGAUCCAAUCUGUGGAGGACCUCUUUGAUUCCCUGCAGCUACAGGUAGAGAGUGACAGGACCAGGGUUGAGGACCAGGAACAGGUCUGGAUAGACUACAAUGACAGGAGACAAGAAUUGCUAGAGGUACUAGGUCAGGCGGAGGAUGCAAUGCCUGUAUCGGUCUCACUUGGAGCUGAUAUCAAUGAUCUCCAAGGAAAACUUUCAUCUGUGAAGGCUGCCAAGGAAAUUUUGGAUAAUGGUGAGACUCUACCAUCAAGGGUAACAGUUGCAUCAAACGAGUUACUUGAGAGUGUGCUGGGCCAGUCUGAUGAAACUCAUCCAGUGAAGAAAGACACACAGGAGUCAGUGAAUAGAUAUCACAAGUUACAUGACUCUGCAGCUAGACUUAAAGACAACAUAGAGAAAGAACUAUCAGAGAGGGCAGCAUUUGAAACAGAGGCAGAUGAAUCAUUAGCCGAUUUUAUUCAAGGCAGAGAAACUCUGGAAGAACAAACUGCUAGUAUUGGACCCCUUGUUUCAGAUGCAGAAGAGAGAAUAAAUCAACUUGAAGCUGUGAAGUCAGAGCUCCUGCCCAAAUUAGAUCACAUAGAGGAGUUGUGUAAUGAGCAGCAUCAGAAGUACAAAGACCUUAACUCAGUGCCUCCAUCUAGCAUCUCAGAGAAACUUGAAGAUCUCCGAUCACAGAAAUCAAAGCUGAACAACCAGCUAGACUCCACCAUCCAGGAAUUAAAUGAGGCCAAGAAGAUGAGGUGUUUAUUCCAGCAACAGACUUGCAAUACAGAGCAAGCUGUAGACAAAGCAAAGGAGCUGUUGAACAAACAUAUCUUUGAUGUGCCAGAUGCUAAAAAGGAACAUGAGAAUUUACAGGACUCGUUGGAGUCAGCUCAGUUAGUCAUGCACUCUGUUCAGUACGUCGCCCAGCAACUGACAGACCAGACCAACAGACCAGACGAACGCAGUGCCAUCAUCACUACCAUUGCAUCCCUUCAGACCAAUCUAGCAGAGGUCAUUCACACCACUGACCAGAUGACUGAUGAACUGAUCAAAGCCAUGGAGCCGUGGAAACAGCACCAAAGUGCCAAGGAAGCAGUGGAAAGGUGGCUUGAUCAAGGAGUUGAUACGGUGAAGCCUACCUUGAGCCUGGGUAAUAUGCCUACGGUCUUGCGUCAACUGCAGGAACACAGGGCAUUACUGGAAGAUGUCCCAGACACUAUUGAAAGUGUAGAGGCCUUGAUGUCUUCUGGUCCAGCUCUUGCCAAAGUGCUGAAGGACCCUAUCCACCAGGAAAAAGCAGAUGACCUGAAAAAAGACUUCCAGGAUAUGCUUAGUACCGCCCAGGAACGCAAGGACACCUUGGAGGAUGAGACAAGGAGAUGGCAGAACUAUCAGGGUGGUCUCAUGGAUCUGUUCCAAAGGAUAGCCGAUGCCAAGGAUAUGAUGCUCUCACCAGACAUGGAUCAAAUGACUCUCAAUCAACAGCUUGAAAAUCAGAAGGAGGUUCUUGAGAAGUUAGAAGCUGCCAGUAAGCACCUAGCAGACCUGAAUGAUGCCCACAAACUCCUGGCCCCCAUCUCUGCUGAUCAAACAAGUGAGCUAGAUGGAGAUGAUGAUGAGGAUGAUAUCAUUGAGAAGGGGGUCAAAGAUCCUCAGUUGAUGAGCUUACAGGAAGACAUCUCCCGGAUAAAUGAUGUUGCCAUACAACAUGGUGAAGUCCUACAGAAAUCUCUUGUACAACAGGAGGCAUAUGAGAAGCAAUUGGAAUUAUUAGAAGCUCAGCUCCAGACAGCACAAGAUACAAUGGCAUCCCCAGUAGAACCUACAAGUAUGGAGCAACUCCAGAAACAAUUAGCACAACAUGAGGUGCUUGCAGUCGAAAUUCAAGGAUAUGAAAAUGAGAUUCAGGAAAUUAACAACAAGACUCAAGAACUCCAGGAGGAAGCAACUAGAAGGACAGACUUCAGGCAGACAUAUCUUGCCGCCCUCACUCCUCUUGGUCCCCCUAUGGUUGCUACUCCAGAGUUUGGUGUAGGUGCUCGCUUGGUUAGGAGGGGUUCACCCAUAAGGACUCCAUGGAGAUCAUUUUCUCCAGAACCUAUGCAGACUUCAUUACUGGAAUCAAAGAGACCUCUUGGUGAAAGUGAUGUCACUGAAGAUCAGCCUCCACAGAAAAAGGUUCUGUUUGCUGAUGACCCCUCAGUGGCAGGUGUAGGUGAUGAAUGUCACAGAGACGAUGUUGACAGUUCACUAGCACUUCCUUCCAUAUCAGGAGUAGAAGGCAAAGAGAUGGACUCAAAUGAAGAUAUGUCAAAAUUUCCUACUCAAUCUACCAAGAGAUGUUUUGAUGAUAGUGAACCUGACCAGUCACCUAAAAUUCUUGCCACAUCCACACCCAGACCAGGUUCUGUUGAAAAACCUUUGGAUACCCUGAAUUCUAAAAGUGCUGCUCAAUUAUCCAAAGUGUUACCUGAUCCUUACAGUGAUGUACCAUAUCAAAUUAUCACUGACAGGGGACCUGCAUAUGUCCUUCGCCCAGCAGGCUCCAGUUCCAUCAUUGGACAACCUGGAAAGGAUGGGGAUGCACCAGGUGGAGGGGAUCAUCAAACCCAAUAUGUCAUCAAGCAACCUACACCAUACCUUUCUCCUGUUGUUGUUCGGAGGGUGCCCAUUGUAGAAAGAAUUGUACCAUUUGCCGUCAUUGAUCCAAAAACUGGCAAGACUAUGGAGGCUGUACCAACAGGCAAUGUGAACGAUUUGGAAAACAAUGUAACAGCCUACAUGGUAGACCCUGAAACAAAGGAAUUGGAAAUACUAGAUCCUGAAAACAAAGUUGCUGUUGUGGCAAUACCUUUGAGUGAUGAGAGUCUACAUAGGGUUCGGGUAGAAGAAGUUGUUUUUGAAUCAAGGGUCAAACCUGUGGAGAUGGCUCCUGAUUUAAUGAGGAGUUUACCUUUCUCUGGGCUUAAUGAUACUGACAGUGACAAAGGUCUUGAUGAUAUCGAUGGUGACAAUGGACAAGCUGAUGUUCAGAGUGUGAAAGAGGAAGGUGAUCUGGAUAGUGCUCAAGAAUUUGACAAUAUCGAUAGUGCCAAAGGACAAGUUUACAUUCUUAGUGCUAAGCAGGGUAAUUUCCCAAGUCUGAAAGGACUCAAUGAUGUACAAAGUGUCAAAAGACUUGAUCAUGUAGAUGGUGCUAAAGGACUUGAUACAGACUUACCUCCUAAAGCUCAAGCAGAUAAUAGCCCUUUGCCAAUGCUUCCCGAUAAUCUGAACAUCGGGCAACAUGAGGAAUCUAAAAAAGAACCUAUCAUAGGCAUACAAGGCAGUCAGAAAUAUGCUGGUGAGCAGCCACAGCCCUCAAAUACGGAUGUGUUCAAAUCAAAAUUAGGAAUGGCAGAAGAAAGCGAGAAGCCAAAUACUGAUCUUCACCAGGUAGUAACCACCAAAGGACCUGCAUAUGAACUGAGGCCUGUUGACUCUGAUUCAACAGCUUCAAAUCAUGGAAUAGAUACUCUGUCCUAUGGUGAUGAUUCAAAAGAGACUGUACCACAACAAUACACUGUCUCAAAGAUGACUCAUUUUGAUGGUGUUCCUGAAGUGGUUGGUAAUGCUCCUGUGCCCUGGGAUCAAGUUCCUAUCCUAAUCAAGGACCCAUCAACAGACAAGAUCUUAAAAAUUGUUCCUGUAGUGGAUCCUGAUGAUUUGAAAAGCAAAGUCACUGCAUAUGUACAGUCUGACCCACGGUCAAAAACCUUGGAGAUUAUUGAUCCUCAGCUCUUGAAAUCUUAUGUGGCUGAUGCUAUAGAGUCUGUUCACUGUGACGAGAACACUUCAAAAUCAUCCAAGUUAGAUGAAGAUAGGCAAGCUCUUCAGCUUAUGACAAAUAAAGGACUAGCAUAUGUCCUGCAACCACUGUCUGAAGAAGCAUCACCCGUGCAAGAUGUCUCACCUGUUGGGAAGAAACCUGAACAGGACAAUGCAGAGUUCAAGAUCGUUGAUGAAGCAAGACCGGCUAAUGCUGCUGUUGUGACAGGAUCAAGAAGUUCAACUAGACACAAACCAAUAGAGAUCCUUGAUCAACUUUCAGGGCAGAAAUUUGUUGCAGAACCUGCUACUAAUGUUAAUGACCUAAUGAGCAAGCCCACACUUUACCUGCCAGAGACAGCAGAUCUGUCCAAGCCAAUGGUAAUAUUCCAUCCUAAAACAAGUACAGAAAUAGUUGCCUUUCCAGCAACACCUCAACCAACUGAAUUUUCCAAACAGCCACAUUAUGAUAGCACUUACCUUUCUGAUUCUGGGUCUUUUACAGAACCACAAAGAGAACAUAUUCCAAGUUUUAUCACUUUGAAAUCAAUGACUGUUCCAGUUGCUGAUUGUGAGUACAGCAAGGUUAAACCAAGCAAUCAAGUAACUCCAGUUAUGACAGAACCCAUCACUCACCAGGUUGUCACUGAUCAUGGACCAGCAUACACACUGAGACCUUUCAUUGGAAGUGGUGGUCCAACAGCAGGUAAUGAUGAUCCAGAUGUAGACUUUGUCCUUGCCAGUCAAGACCAAUCAGAUGAUCCCCCUGUUUUGACUGGCGAACAGAAGCUGGAUAUCCACAUUCAACCAUUGCAUGUGAAAGAUCCUGAAUCAGGUCAAGUUAUGAUUUGUGAACCUAUGACCGAUGUCAAUGACCUCAGUGGUGUGCUUGCUGUGGUUGGUAGUGUUGAUGGUAAUCCACUAAUGACUGUCUAUAAUCCUGCAACGAAGCAGUCUGGAGUAGCAGUGCCAAAGGCUCUAUAUUGUCCACCUUUACCAGUAGAGAGUCCUUCCUCUCAGGGAGAUUCAAAUGUGACCUCUUAUGUAUCAAUAACAAAGCCAGUGACUCAAGUACAACAGACUCCUACACAAGAUGUGACUGAACCCACCAAAAGAAGUGAUGAUGCAGGUGACGAAAUACAGAGUGGGGAAAACAUUGAUGAAGCUCAACAUGAAGGAAGGGAAUCUGAUCUUAAUUUGGCAGGGUGUCCCUUGUUUUCACUGUCUCAUGUCGAAGUGACUUCUGCAUCAGAUGAUGGGACACAGCCUUCUUUUGGUGCAUCAAAUAUCAUUGAGGAACUGUCACCUGAACAUCAUAACUUGGGUGCAGAAGAUUUAGCUAAAGAUGAAGAAGAAGUUGGAAAGCCUGUUUCCAACCAGAUUUUGACAUCACUUGGACCUGCAUACACCUUGAUACCAGUUGAGUUGUCUGAACAAAGUAAAGUGCAUCCUAAAGAUGAUUUCAAUACAACAGGUGACUGGAGUCAAUCCAAGAGGAGCAUAGAUGGCAUUGCUGAUGAUCUACCUUGUGUUAGAGCAGAUUCUGAAGCUCUGAACAUUCUUCCUGUGGUUGUGGGAUCCAAGCCAUCUCCAAAGGAGGAUAGUUUCUUAGUUGAGGACCCAGUCUCUAAGAAAAUAUUCAAAGCAAAGCCGGUUCAUAGCCUAGAUGUUUUACACAAUCAACCGAGUGUCUUUGUAGAUGAUACAAGUAAGCCUGUUCAGAUUCAUUUCCCAGACUCAUCAUUAAGAGCACCAAUCACAAGCAACAAUACAGAUCGAAAAGAGAAUCCUCUCUCAGAUAUUUUCCAGAUACUAUCUAAAACUCCAUUAGAAAGGUCACUUCUAUCUAAACAGGUAGGAAAAGGUUAUGCAAGUGUACCCCAAAUAGGAGACAACACACCUCAUCUAACAGGAAUUCACAGUUCCAUGGCAAUGAAAGGGAGGGACAGCCUGUCUACUGAGGACAAUAAUGCUGAUGAGGAAAGUGAAAUUCUAGUGCCUCAUGCAUCAAAGACACAUGCUAGUCUAGAGGAAGUCAAGCAUCAACUAGUCACUGAUAUAGGGCCAGCCUAUAUCCUUGUACCAGAAGAUAACUUUGGAAGUGGGGGAGAUGGAGGUGGAGGAUCUACCUUUCUAGAUGAGUACAUUUUAGCAACAUCUUCAAAUCCAGCCAACAAGCCCUCAGUUAUCGGUUCACAGCCAUUUUCACAAGAUGAGCCAUGCAUUGUCAGGAACCCCAGCACGGGACAAACUUUCAGGGCUCUACCUGCAGAAAGCCUCAAAGAUCUCAAUGAAAAUCCAUCUCUGUAUGCCCUUAACUCACAAGAUAUUCCUGCAGUGCAGGUUUUUGAUCCUUCAACUGGCUGUGCAUCCAUAGGAAUUCCAGCAAGUGUACCACAUGUUGAAGUCACUACAAAAUCACCCCAGCUAGAUCAAGAUAAACCAGUUCUGCAGCUUAUUACAAAUAAAGGACCUGCUUACAUACUGCAACCACUGACUGAAGAAGUGUCAACCCUGCAAGAUGUCACACCUGUUGGGAAGAAACCUGAACAGGACAAUGCAGAGUUCAAGAUCGUCGAUGAAGCAAGACCAGCCAAUGCCGCAAUUGUGACAGGAUCAGCAUCUUCAACUGAAAUCAAACCAAUAGAGAUCCUUGAUCAACUUUCAGGGCAGAAAUUUGUUGCAGAACCUGCUACUAAUGUUAAUGACCUGAUGAGCAAGCCCACACUUUACCUGCCAGAGACAGCAGAUCUGUCCAAACCAAUGGUAAUAUUCCAUCCUAAAACAAGUACAGAAAUAGUUGCCUUUCCAGCAACACCUCAACCAACUGAAUUUUCCAAACAGCCACAUUUUGAAAGCACUUACCUAUCUGAUUCUGGGUCUUUUACAGAACCGCAAAGAGAACAAUUCUUUGAUGAUAUUCCAAGUGCUAUAACUUUGAAAUCAAUGACUGUUCCAGUUGCUGAUUGUGAGUACAGCAAGGUUAAACCAAGCAAUCAAGUAACUCCAGUUAUGACAGAACCCAUCACUCACCAGGUUGUCACUGAUCAUGGACCAGCAUACACACUGAGACCUUUCAUUGGAAGUGGUGGUCCAACAGCAGGUGAUGAUGAUCCAGAUGUAGACUUUGUCCUUGCCAGUCAAGACCAAUCAGAUGAUCCCCCUGUUUUGACUGGCGAACAGAAACUGGAUAUCCACAUUCAACCAUUGCAUGUGAAAGAUCCUGAAUCAGGUCAAGUUAUGAUUUGUGAACCUAUGACCGAUGUCAAUGACCUCAGUGGUGUGCUUGCUGUGGUUGGUAGUGUUGAUGGUAAUCCACUAAUGACUGUCUAUAAUCCUGCAACGAAGCAGUCUGGAGUAGCAGUGCCAAAGGCUCUAUAUUGUCCACCUUUACCAGAAGAGAGUCCUUCCUCUCAGGGAGAUUCAAAUGUGACCUCUUAUGUAUCAAUAACAAAGCCAGUGACUCAAGUACAACAGACUCCUACACAAGAUGUGACUGAACCCACCAAAAGAAGUGAUGAUGCAGGUGACGAAAUACAGAGUGGGGAAAACAUUGAUGAAGCUCAACAUGAAGGAAGGGAAUCUGAUCUUAAUUUGGCAGGGUGUCCCUUGUUUUCACUGUCUCAUGUCGAAGUGACUUCUGCAUCAGAUGAUGGGACACAGCCUUCUUUUGGUGCAUCAAAUAUCAUUGAGGAACUGUCACCUGAACAUCAUAACUUGGGUGCAGAAGAUUUAGCUAAAGAUGAAGAAGAAGUUGGAAAGCCUGUUUCCAACCAGAUUUUGACAUCACUUGGACCUGCAUACACCUUGAUACCAGUUGAGUUGUCUGAACAAAGUAAAGUGCAUCCUAAAGAUGAUUUCAAUACAACAGGUGACUGGAGUCAAUCCAAGAGGAGCAUAGAUGGCAUUGCUGAUGAUCUACCUUGUGUUAGAGCAGAUUCUGAAGCUCUGAACAUUCUUCCUGUGGUUGUGGGAUCCAAGCCAUCUCCAAAGGAGGAUAGUUUCUUAGUUGAGGACCCAGUCUCUAAGAAAAUAUUCAAAGCAAAGCCGGUUCAUAGCCUAGAUGUUUUACACAAUCAACCGAGUGUCUUUGUAGAUGAUACAAGUAAGCCUGUUCAGAUUCAUUUCCCAGACUCAUCAUUAAGAGCACCAAUCACAAGCACCAAUGCAGAUGGAAAAGAGAAACCAGUAAUUCCUCACGCAUCAAAGACAAAGGCUAGUCCAGAGAUAGUCAAGUAUCAACUAGUCACUGAUAUAGGGCCAGCCUAUAUCCUUGUACCAGAAGAUAACUUUGGAAGUGGGGGAGAUGGAGGUGGAGGAUCUACCUUUCUAGAUGAGUACAUUUUAGCAACAUCUUCAAAUCCAGCCAACAAGCCCUCAGUUAUCGGUUCACAGCCAUUUUCACAAGAUGAGCCAUGCAUUGUCAGGAACCCCAGCACGGGACAAACUUUCAGGGCUCUACCUGCAGAAAGCCUCAAAGAUCUCAAUGAAAUUCCAUCUCUGUAUGCCCUUAACUCACAAGAUAUCCCUGCAGUGAAGGUUUUUGAUCCUUCAACUGGCUGUGCAUCCAUAGGAAUUACAGCAGGUGUACCACAAGUUGAAGAACUUGUGAGUGAAACCAGAUUGAAACCAACUGAAGCACCGCUGAGACUCAGCCUUCCAAUACCCAAUCUACAGUUGACAAGCAGUCUUUGGGGAAGAAACAACCGUAUGAUUAUGAUAAAGCUCCUGGUCAUACUUCAAUGGUAAUCAAUGAGAGUAGUAUUCCA